AAAUGGAGCCUCUCACAACUACUUAUCCUCUGAAAUACUCAGUGCCCAAAGCCAGGGUGUUUGCUGUCUUUCUGUCAAUGGUUUUCUGUACCGCCAUUCUCUGCCUGCUGCAACUCAGAUUCUUUAAACCUAAAAUCAAAGAUUUUUAUUCUUUCGAAGUCAAGGAUUCACGAGGAAGGAUCGUUUCCUUGGAGAAGUACAGAGGGAAAGCAACUUUGGUUGUAAACGUGGCCAGUCACUGCCAACACACAGACAAAAAUUACAUCGCUCUGCAAGAACUCCACAGAGAGUUUGGUCCCUCCCACUUCACUGUGCUGGCUUUUCCCUGCAACCAAUUUGGAGAAUCAGAGCCCAGCUCAAGCCAGGAAAUAGAAUCAUUUGCCAAAGGAAAUUACGGAGUAACCUUCCCAAUUUUCCACAAAAUCAAGAUCCUAGGAUCAGAAGCAGCGCCUGCCUUUAAAUUUCUAAUAGAUUCUUCAAAGAAAGAGCCUCGAUGGAAUUUCUGGAAAUACCUUGUCAACCCUGAGGGUAAAGUUGUGAAAUUCUGGAGACCUGAAGAGCCCAUAGAAAGUAUCAAGCCAGAAGUAGCAUCAUUAAUCAGGCAGAUUAUCAUGAAAAAAAGAGAAGACCUCUGAAAAAGCCAUUCAUACUGUGAAUCCAUUCAACAGCAUGGGUACACAGCCUUACUACACUCCAAGGAAAUGCUGCUAGAAGCUAAACCAUCAGGUGAUUUUACUUCUCUUUGUCGUUGGUAUUUUCAGCUACACUAUGUCUAUUAACAUUGGUUUGGCUCCCGCAACAGCCUUGAGCACCACUGAGGUU